GAACAAUUGUUUAAAUGUGACCUUCGUUGGCCUCGAAUGACCUUGAAUCGUAAGUAGUUAAUUAAAUCUUAAAAGCUAAUAUCAGAUACUAGUACGAAGAAAAGAUAGCGGAUUAUGUAAAGAGAUCGUGGUGACCUUUAUUUGUCCUUGACGCAUAUACUUGGAAUAUAAUCAUUUAUGUAUUUGAAAUACUGAAAGUAUAUAGACGAAAUAUUUCAAGUGAUAAAGUUACGCGGAAUCCGUGUAUAAGCUCAAUUACCAUUAUACCAGAACCAAAUAUCGUUUAGACAUACAUAAAUAUACAUUUAAUGAAACUUUGUAAUUUUACUUUUACGCAAUUCGUUUAAAUAUCUGUUUAAUUAGAAGCGACUGGUUUAACGACAAGCGAAGUGAUCAAAUGUCUGAUCAAGGAAUAUAUCGAGUGUGAUGUAGUGGUGGAAGGUACAUCGUGUAUAGAGUAUGGUACACAUUUUGGUACCUUUCGCUAUUUGCUGUUACGUUACAGAACGAUUUGUCUUGUCAGAUUGUCAUUGCAAAGGGAUCUCAAUUGUCAAUGCGUCGAGAAACGCACCGAUACCGAUAGACGAUAGAUAAACUCUAUCUAGUGAUCUAGCAUCUAGUCCUACAUAGGCCUACGUAUAUAGACUUAAUUGCUUCAUAAUCAUAUCAAACAUGGCGCAAAUGAUGAUACCCAGGAUCGCGCUUUUAUCUAUUAGAAAUAGUAACCGUGUAAUACCACGAAUUUCUGUGCCCAUAAAAUAUCAACGAAUAUGCUUCCAUACGAGUUGGAUUCUCGACGUAAAAGGGAAGGUGGUUUCGAUGCCUUCCUUGUCGCCAACUAUGGAAACUGGCACAAUCGUCAAAUGGUUCAAAAAAGAAGGUGACAAAAUCGAACCCGGCGAUGCAAUCGCUGAUAUUCAAACCGACAAAGCUGUUAUCACAAUGGAAGUUGACGACGAAGGUGUUCUCGCAAAAAUAAUUGUGCCAGAAGGAACCAAAGACAUUAAGGUAGGAACAUUGAUAGCCCUUACCGUCGAACCAGACGAAGAUUGGAAGGCUGUAGAAAUGCCGGAUACCGCUUCAGCGGCACCUACUGUUUCUGCACCUUCCGUCUCGCCUGGUGCAACCGCCGCGAGCGUAUCGGCUGAACCACCUCCUGGCCAGAACAACAUUAGUAUGCCAGCUUUGUCGCCAACGAUGACUACAGGCACGAUAGUAAAAUGGCUUAAAAAGGAAGGAGAUGAAAUAGAACCAGGAGAUGCAGUAGCAGAGAUACAAACAGAUAAAGCUGUCAUGACAUUCGAAUUUGAGGAUGAAGCUGUGUUUGCAAAGAUUUUAGUUCCCGAAGGUAGCCAAGUCGAAGUAGGACAAUUAAUUGCUGUUACAGUGGAAAAGGGAAUGGACUGGAAGAACGUUGUUAUUCCAACAGUUACAAAACCAGUUGCGGCAUCUACUAUGUCUACUCCCGUUGCGCCAACUGGGGGUGCAACCGAUAAGAAACCUCCGCCAAGUGGACAAGUCUACGGUUUAGCAGUAAAACGAUUAUUAGAGGAGUAUGGUCUGAGUUCGGGUUCCAUCAAAGGAACUGGCCGACCUAAUCGAUUACUAAAGAGCGAUGUGUUAACUUACAUUCAAGCACAUAACGUACAAAAAGUUGUUCCAAAAACGGCAUCACCACCAACAGUGACAAAAGAUGGAGAAGAACGUACCGCUACUCUUUCGAAAGGUCACGUAACCACUGGUCAACCUUCUGCGUACGAAGAUAUUCCAGUUUCCAACAUACGUGGUGUUAUUGCCAAAAGACUCGGAGAAUCAAAGAGUACUAUUCCACAUUCUUACGCUUACAUCGAUAUUAAAAUAGACAAAUUAAGUGAAAUUCGUAGCGAACUCAAGACAGAAAAUAUUAACGUUUCGAUAAAUGACUUCAUUACAAAGGCGGUCGCACACGCAUUAGUUGAAUGCCCGUCGAUCAAUACAUUGUAUCAGAAUGGUCAGAUAAUACGUAUGCCAAGAUCCGACAUUUCUGUCGCAGUUGCUACAGAGAAUGGUCUUAUUACACCAAUCGUUUUUGACAGUACAGCUAAGAGUUUGACUGAUAUUUCAAAAACUAUUCGAGAAUUAGCCGAUAAAGCUAGAAAUGGUAAACUAAAACCAGAGGAAUUUCAAGGGGGAACGUUCACAAUAUCUAAUCUGGGAAUGUUUGGUAUCAAACAGUUUAGCGCCAUUAUAAAUCCUCCUCAAACAGCGAUACUCGCUGUUGGCGGUGGUCGAGAGGAGUUAGACGUUGCACUACAAAAGACAACGAAAAUGUCAGCCACGUUGUCAUACGAUAGACGAGCAAUUACCGAAGACGAAGCUGCUGAUUUCUUAGCUGUAUUGAGAGCUAUGUUAGAAGAUCCGACUUUUCUCGUUGCUGGAAGAUUACGUGCUCUCAGGUAUGCACAGGACUGACCUUUAAUUAAAUCCUAAUUCUAAAGUGACGUUUCAGGAAAAAAUGGCUUACCUUAUAAAAGUUUUAAAUUCUGUCUAGUUAAUUAAUUCAUGGUAUACCAAUUUUAAAAAUAAAACACAUUUGUUAAGCCAUUUUUCGAGUAAACAGAUCAGCUACAAAUAAGAGCAUAUGUGCAAAACCGAACCAUAAGUGUUAGUAAGUUAUGGAAAAUAUUGUUUAAUAUUAGAUCCCCGGCCCUCUAAAAAAUACAAUUACCUAUUAAAGUAAUGCCGUAAAAAAAAAAAAAUGUUCGACGUACCUACAAAUUAAAUGGCAAUAUUUUAAUUUUUAAUAAUUAAAUAAAACGUUUUGAUAGAAAUGUAAAAAAAAGAACAAUCAUAUGUAAAUGUUACGAGAGUUAACAAUUUUAAGAAUACGCUAGCGAUUCAUUUCGUAUAAAUGCAAUAUUUAUAUUUGUUGUAUUAAAAUGAUUUACAGUUAUUUGCCUUUUAGUUUGUUUAGUAUGUGUUUUACAUUUCCAUCAAACUAUUAAAGCGGAAAUAAAUUUCACUAGCCACGCUUGUUGGCUUGUGUCUAUCGAGGUUAUAUCUUAUACGAAUGAAUAUCGUGCUGGUAUCAUGCACGGAAUAUAUAACGAUUAUUAAUUAUUGCAAAAUUCCCAAGUAUCGUUAUAUCGUUGUAAUCAUUAUUAACUAAAGAAAUGUUGGAUAUUUAUUGCAUAUAAUUUACUUAUCUGUAAGUAAAUAGGAAAUUCGUAUAGAACUAAAUGUUCUGUUUGUAUAUUUAUUUCCCACGUUAUUUAGUUAGCACUUUUGACUACAUAGACAUAGACUAUAUGUAUACAGUCAGAUUGCCCCCACACUGUAGUAAUUUCUAACAUGCUAUAGAUAAAACGAUUAUAUAUGUAUAAUAUAUAAAUUCGUGUAUAUAUGUAUAAUAAUAUGUGUGUACAUUUUUCGUAUAAAAAUAAAACAAGUGCCAUAUUUCGUCGCCUUUUAUGAAUUUUUGUAUCGCAUAAAAUUUGUACAAAUAUCAUGUAAAUACCUGUAUCGUUAAUUUUAUUUAUUAGUAAUAUCGUGCAUGAUUAGAAAACUCAGUGUGGUAUUAAUUACAGAUAUUUGUGGGGAUAGUAAAGUGUGCAAGAUCAUAAAUUAAUCUUGUAAAUAAAGUAUUUAUUGUUUAAAAUGA